AUGGCCUCCCCUAGCGUUCUCACCUUUGACGUUGACGGUAGGGCUGUGGACUUUGAGGUCUGGGUAGAUGAUCUACACCUUUUCCUGCAGUGCGAUAGGGCAGACGGCCUCUCCAUGUUUGACCUCACUUCUGGUGCCUCCCCUGCCCGUGCUGCUGAUGCUGACGCCACUGUUCGCUCACAGUGGGCCAUGCGCGAUGCUGCUGCUCGCCUUGCUGUGCGCCGCCACUUACUGACCACUAAGCGUGGACACUUUAGCUA